AUGUUUAAGAACAUUUUUCGGCGCCCGCUAGCCAGUGGAAAUGGCAUUCUCAAUACCCGGCGUAGCUUUUCUCUUAUCUCAAUCCAUUCCAGCUUUCCUGCAACUUUGUAUCGAUUCCAGCUUAACCGUGAGUCCCGGUUAUACGACCAAAAACUACAGCAAGAGCACGAUGAAGUUGAAGACGCAGUCAGUGUCUCGGAAGAUGGGCUCGUAUACCCUGAGGUUUCCGACUCACGAACUUCUAUACCAAACACACUUGUCCUCCUUCGCGAGCGGAAUAUCCGCAGUCGGUUUUCUCUCUUGCCUUCAUCUCCCAUGCCAUUAAACGACUUGAACAACAUCCUAACCGAGUUCUAUUUGAAAUGUGGAACAACAACUCCUGCAGACAAGUGGUUAGAGGAGCAUCAGUAUUGCAAAGCCUUCGACGACACCAAGGACGAUUGGAUCCAUCAUUGA